AUGUCAAUAACUCUCAAUUGGGCUAUAUUAGGUGCUGGAAACAUUUCCUCACAAUUCGUUUUUGAUUUAUUGCUCAACAAUGACCGAAAGACACAGUAUCGCCACGUCAUCAAGAGCAUUGGCUGUUCCAGUUCAGUGAAGGGUCAAGAAUUUAUCAAAAACAACAACAUCACAGCAGAAAGAAAUUAUAACGUAACCCCUGUUGUCCAAUCAUACAAAGAACUUUACGCAAAUUCUGAAGUGGACGUGGUUUACAUUGGAACUCCUCACAACUUUCACUGUGAGCAAGCUGUGUCAUGUUUGGAAAACAACAAACACGUCUUAUGCGAGAAGCCAUUUGCAGUGAACAGGAAAGAAGCAGAGAUCAUAUUUAAUGCUGCAAAAAAGCACAACAAGUUUUGCAUGGAGGCUGUGUGGACAAGGUUUUUCCCAGCAAUCAAAGAGCUUAAGGAAAAGGUGUAUCACGAGAAGGUAAUUGGUGAUGUAUACAGGUUGUUUGCAGAUUUUAGUUACAGUGGUGAUGUCAAGAACUUGCCGUUGACGUCAAGAGUAAGAGAUAGAUCGUUGGCAGCAGGAUCGCUCUUGGAUAUUGGUAUAUAUCCUAUUACUUACUCAAGAAUACUUUUGGAUGAUCAAGUAGGUCAGAGUGCUUCCAAGUUUGAACAAAAAAGCUUCCUCUCGAUCGAUAAGGACGACUUGGUGGAUCAUCUUGGCUCAAUCAUAAUAAAAUACGAAAAUGGAAAGCACGCUCUACUUACUUCGUCUGAGUUGGUAGAUGGACCAAAGGCCUACGUGAGACUUGAAGGAUCGAAUGGUUGGGUUGAAAUGUAUAGUGACAAUCCCGCCAGAGCCAAGCACUUUAAAAUUUUCAACAAGCAUGGUAAUGAAAUCUAUGAGUACAAGGACAACUCUGGAUACAAUGGCUUUAUAUACGAAGCAAAUGCAGUUGCUAACGACAUUCACGGUGGCAAAUUAGAGGACGCGGUGAUGCCUCACGAUGAAACCCUACUUGUGAUGGGGGUCAUGGAUGAUAUUAGGAAGGAGAACGGGCUAGUAUACGAGCAGGAUUAA